CAGAAGUACACAACACAACUCACGCUCACCCACCUCAGGCAAAAUGGCUACUGAUAUGGAUAUCGAUAUGGAGAUUGAUCUCGGCCCAGAUCCUGAGAUUGCAGCGCAGGAGGCAGAGGCAGAAAUCAUGCAGCACGGAUCUGCCGGCACCACAACUAUGGGCAACGAUGACAUGAUGGAGGCUGAGCUCGUCCCGGAAAAAGUACAUAUUCGAGGACUUGACAACCUUUCGACGGCAGACAUCAGGCGCUUCUCUGACGAACACUUUCCAACCGAGUACUUCGUCAAAGUCGAAUGGAUAGAUGACACCUCCGCGAACAUUAUAUACGCCGAACCUGAAGUUGCGCGAGAUGCAUUGGUAGCAUUUACCUCCUCAGGUUCUGCAGCUUCCCUGCCCUCCGUCCAGCUCCGCCCCGCGAAGCUUCUUUCUUCGCAUCCCGAUACCAAACUCCACGUCCGACAAGCCAUCUCCACCGAUAUCAAAGCCCGCGGUGCCCGCGAUGCCAGUCGCUACUACCUCAUGAACCCCGACCAAGAUCCACGCGAACGGAAGAGACAGGAACGCGAAAAUGGAGACUACAAGCGCAACCGCUUCGAUGACCGCGAGCAUAGGCGCCGCCAGCGUGGUACGCGCAUUGAUACCGAUGCAAGUAUGUAUGACGAUGAUACCGGUACUACAAGCGUGCCUGAUCGCCGCCGUCGUUCCCGCACGCGUUCGUUCGACUCCAGUGACGACCGUCAGCGCAAACGUGUACGAUUUGACCGCGGCAGAGGCGCUGGAGACCUCUUCGCCAGCCGCAUCGCCGGACGGGGGGAUGGCCGCUUGCGCAAUCGGAGCGCAUCUCCGAGCCGUGAUGGCGAUGGUCGGUUGGGCUUCGUGGAGGAGACGCUCAUUCGAUCUCGCAUUCGAAGACGGAGCCUAACGCCUCCAGCGGCCUCACGGCGGCACGGGCAGGAUACUGACUUACUCGCACCAUUGCAUGGCCGACCUACCGUGCUGACUGGUACCCCUCAGCGAGCUGAUGCGAAUGGCGGGAUCGAGCUAUUCCCAGAAAGAGCAGUUAGCUCUAGCAAGAAGGCGAAAGAGCUGUUUCCGGGCAAAUUAGUGCACGGGAAUCAUCGUCGAUCAGAUGCCUUCGACGCUAAUGACGAGACAUCCGAAAACGGCGAAAAGGUGCGCGAUUUAUUUGACAGAAUCAACAGCCCAGCAUCGGGGCGCCUCAAGGGCUCCAAUGCACCAGUCCGAGCACCAGACUUCAGCAACGGACCGAGCGACCAGGGCUUAAGCAUCAAAGGGGCUUCUCAGAAGGACAGUGUACAUGGUUUCUAUAUCAAGGGCGCCGCUGGAAAUUCAGGAGGGGCGGUGAGGGAACUGUUUCCAAUGAAGUCCGGCAGUCAAGAUCUGUUCGCGGAAAAGUUGAAGGGGCGCGGAGGUCCAAGGAAGAGGGCCGAGGAUAUGUUUUCAUGAGUCCGUCAAUGGCUUACAACGGUAUCUCCGCUUGUUUGUUGUCAUAUUGUAAGCGUGGCGUUUUGGACGGGCAUAUGCGUUCGCUAGAUGAUAUACUAGGUAUAUCUAUACACACCAAGAUUAAGGGCGGCAGGACUUGGAUUUGAACAGCCAUAGAGGCAUUAUCAUCUCUUGACACUCGGUCUAUAGAGGAGUGACAAGACUGUUACAAAUAGGCUCAAAGCAGUUGCUAGCAACACAAUGAAAUGCACAUAACCGACUCGAAUAUAGGAGAUAUGGCGGGAC